AUGACCAAGUUAGACUUGUCGGAAGCUUAUCUCCAGAUGGAGCUCGACGACGAAGCACAGAAGGUCCUUGUCAUCAAUACGCACAAAGGACUCUUCCGAUUUACGCGAAUGCCCUUUGGAAUCGCCUCAGCACCGGCAGUUUUUCAACGAAUCAUGGAGCAGGUCACCGCAGGCAUACCGUCGGUUGCCUGCUAUUUAGAUGACAUCAUCGUCACAGGCAAAUCCGAUGAUGAGCAUUUGGACAAUCUCCAGCAGGUCUUUAGCCGACUACGCGAGUUUGGGUUUACACUGAAGCGCGAGAAAUGUGCUUUUUUUCGGGCCGAAGUGGAGUACUUGGGGCAUGUAGUCAACGCACAGGGUUUCCGGCCAUCACCCAAGAAGGUGUCCGCAGUGCUCAAUAUGCCAGCACCCACGAACGUCUCCGAGCUGCGGUCAUUCCUUGGUAUGGUACAACACUACGGAAAAUACCUAAAAUCGCUUGCUGAUGUCGUUGCGCCCCUCAAUGACCUCCUGAAGAAAGCCGUACCGUGGGAAUGGUCUUCGGGUUGUGUGGAGGCUUUUGAAAAGGUCAAGAUGAUGCUGGUAUCUGUGGACGCGCUUACGCAUUUCGAUCCUGCAAAACCCAUUUUCUUAGCCGCAGAUGCAUCUUCUAGAGGUCUUGGAGCUGUUAUCUAUCACAAGGUCGAUGGCAAAGACAUGGCAAUGGCACACGCUUCGAAGACAUUGACUGCCCCGGAGAAGAACUACUCACAGAUAGAGAGGGAGGCCUUAGCCAUCAUUUUUGGCGUCAGGAAGUUUCAUCAGUAUCUCUGGGGCCGGAGGUUUGUUCUGUACACGGACCAUAAGCCCCUGACCACGAUCUUUGGUCCCAAGAAAGGAAUUCCUGCGACAACCGCCAGUCGCUUGCAACGAUGGGCUUUGAUCUUAAUGAACUACAUCUUUGACAUUCAAUAUACGCCAACUGCGAAAUUUGGAAACGCCGACGGCCUCUCUCGUCUGCCUGAGGGUCCAGAUGGAGACUUUGACCGAGAGAUGGAACGGGGCAUCUUCGACGUCUUCCUGACAGAGGUAAACGUAGUGUUGGACCAUCAGGUCUCUACCUUACCCAUUUCCGUCGAGGAUAUUGCUGUGGCCACGUCACAGGACCCGGACAUGGCCAGGGUGGCUGCAUUCGUUUCCGGUGGUUGGCCGACGCACGUCGAUCCCUGUUUGGAAGCGUUCUUUCAACGCCGCACGGAGCUAACGAUCUACAAAGGAUGUCUGCUCUGGGGGAUACGAACGUGGCCGGGCCUCGACAGAGAUAUCGAAAGGGAAGUGAGAAGUUGUGAGCCAUGCGCCUCUGUUGCUGCCCACGAGGUACCGGUGCCACUUCACCAAUGGGAACCCGCAGAUAAGCCUUGGGUACGUCUGCAUGCCGAUUCCGCUGAGCUGAAUGGGAAGCACUACCUCAUAGUAAUAGACGCCUACAGCAAAUGGCCGGAAAUAGAACAACUGACAAGCACAGCUGCUGAGAAGACUGCUAUUGCUUUUUCCGACAUGUUCACACGAAAUGGCUUGCCAGAGGUUCUGGUCACCGACAAUGGUCCACCGUUCACCAGCAAGGAGUUUAAGAACUUCCUUCAGGCAAACGAGAUACGUCACGUUCUGACGCCGCCAUACCAUCCGCAAUCGAAUGGUCUCGCGGAGAACUUUGUGCGUACCUUCAAAACAGCCCUUCGCCGCGCAGCGCUGGAAGGGACGAAGGACAGUGUUCGUAGUUUCCUGUUCAAGUACAGGAUAUCCCCGCAUGCCACAACAGGGCGCUCUCCCUGUGCAAUGUUAAAUGGACGUCAGUUUCGACACUUCCUAGAUUUUAUUCGUCCUGGUCAGCCCGAUAUCUCCGGUACAGUGCGCAUGUCGCGCGAACGUCAGAAACGCAACUAUGACAAGUGCAGCCGAGACAGGAGCUUUGGGAUAAACCAAAAGGUCUGGAUGUUGGACCCUGGCAAGAAAUCCCACUGGAAAGUUGGUGUCGUUCUCUCCAAACAAGGGUCGGCAAUUUACGUCGUCGAAGAUGAGCAGCAGAGGCGACACCGCGUACACAAGGACCACCUCAAGUGCCGGCACUCCGUUGAUUCCUGGCCUGACCAAGCUUCAGUUCCAGAGGUAUUCCGAAAAGACGAGGUUCCUCUUCCCCCUCCUUGCCGCCGAGAUCGUCGUCCAGAAGAGGGGAACCAGAACGACUUCCACGAACCCCAUGGUAACAAUGACGCUAUUGCUCCUGGUCAUCACGAGCCUGGACAGGUCAUGGGCUCAGGAGAUGCUGCCACCAGGCGCUAUCCUUCGCGUCUCCGGAGAGGCCCCCAACGUUAUGGCUACAGCUAA